UUUACAAAUAUAAAUCGUUUUAUAUUCGUGAUUCUUGCACACUUCUAUUAAUAACAUUGAUGAUGCAUUUGUAACUUCACGCACGUUGCCGCGCAAAGUCUUCACAACAGAGCUACCGUGAAAAGCUAACCUCUCUUUUUCGUAGAUGUUUUGACUUAAAGUUCAUUCUGUGAUAAUCAAUAAUGUUAACAAAAAAUAUAAUCAAAUUAAAACGGGUGAUAAAUGAUAUGCAAUUGCGAUGUCUCUCCCAAUUGUCACCAAAAUACAAAGAAGAUGUAGAUAAUAAAAUGUUAGCUUGGCAAGUACAUUCUUAUGGUGAUUUGGAUGAAUUAAAAUUGUCAAAUGUAAAUAUACCAAUAAUUACUAAACCAACAGAAGUUUUGAUCAAAGUUCAAGCAGCGAGUGUAAAUCCCAUAGACAUUGCAAUGAUCCGUGGUUACGGUGCAACAUUGUUGAACCUUAUGCGCAAAGUUAAAAACUUUGGUAGCUAUACGUACAAUGAUAUGAUUGAAUUUCCAUUAACAUUAGGAAGAGAUUUUUCUGGAAUUGUAGUAUCAAAAGGACAUAAUGUUGGAGACAAAUUAAAAUUAGGUGACCAAGUAUGGGGUGUAGUUCCAGUUGAUAAGCAAGGCUGUCAUGCUAAUUACUUGGUUAUUGAUAGUAGCUUGACUAAUCGAUAUCCAAAAAAUUUAUCGUACAUUGAGGCUGCUAGUAUUUUAUAUGCAGGAUUAACUGCAUGGUCUGCUUUGUGGAUUACUGGUGGUAUGUGUUACAAAACAUCUAUCAAUACGAGAUUAAAUAGAAGGAUGCUCGUAUUAGGUGGUUCUGGAGGUGUUGGUACUAUGGCUAUACAACUCUUGAAAACUUGGAAUAUGCAUGUAAUAACCACUUGUAGCAGCGAUGCUGUAAAUAUGCUUGAGAAAUUAGGAGCCGAUGUUAUAAUAGAUUAUAAACAACAUGAUGCUGAUGCACAAAUCAUUUCUGAAGGACCGUAUGAUAUAAUUUUGGAUUGUUCUAAUCAAGGACCAGAUUUAAUAAAUUCAAAAGGUUAUCCAUAUUAUAAUUAUAUAACACUUAAUUCCCCGUUAUUAAAAAAUAUCGAUCAAUUGGGAUUGAUAGCUGGAACUGUUAAAAAUCUUGGCGACAUAUUUAAAUAUAAUAUUCCCAUAUCUAAUAACAAAGGUUCAAUUAAAUGGGGUUUCUUUGUACCAUCGGAAACAGGCAUGAAUAUGCUUCACGAUUUUGUUGAACGUGGACAGAUAAUACCAGUUGUUAAACAAGUAUAUCCUUUCCAAGAUUUACCGUCAGCAUAUGAAAGAGUAACGGAAGGUCAUUUGCGAGGUAAAUUAGUUAUUGAUAUGAAAUAAUAUUUAUUAUAAUUAUUUUUUUUUUUUAUAUCGUCGCACUUAUAAAAAAAAAAAA